AUGGCGGAGGAACAUCGAUGUCAGACACCGGAAGGCCACCGUCUCUGUGCUAACAACUGCGGCUUCCUAGGCAGCUCCGCCACCAUGAAUCUCUGUUCCAAUUGCUACGGCGAUCUCUGUCUUAAACAACAGCAACAAGCCUCCCUGAAAUCCACCGUCGAAUCCUCUCUCUCCGCCGUAUCUCUAUUUCUUAUUGAAAAAAAAAACAGAGGAGAAGGAGAUGAAACAGCCGAAUCGUUGUACGACGUAGCAGCUUACUUCUUUGGUUUCUAUUUCGGGAAGACUCCUUUGAUGAAACUGUCUCCAAAGAAAACAUGGGAAGGUUUUAUUGGAGCAUUAGUGGCAACUACAAUCUCUGCGUUGCUUGUAAUUUGCAAACGUCUUAGGCCAGUUCCAGUGGCUUACAUGUCCAAGGAAGGCCCUCUGUUCAGGCCAGAGUAUUACCCACUGCCCUCUUGGAUUGCUCCGUUUUCUCCAUGGAAAGAGAUCUCAAUUCUACCAGUGCAGUGGCACGCUUUCUCUCUCGGUCUAUUUGCAUCUGUUAUAGCUCCUUUUGGUGGUUUCUUUGCAAGCGGUUUCAAAAGAGCUUUCAAGAUCAAGGACUUUGGAGACAGCAUACCAGGACAUGGAGGAUUUACUUGCCACAUGGUUAUGGCGAUUUUUGCGUACAUCUACAUACAAUCUUUCAUUGUUCAUCAGGACUACAGUGUGGAGACGAUCCUAGACCAUAUAUCGAGGAGCCUGGGACAUGAGGAGCAGAAAAUGCUUUAUGUAAAGCUGGGAGACAUCCUCCGACACAAAUCGCAAGGCGGGUAUUAA